AGAGAGAGAGAGAGAGAGAGAGAGAGAGAGAAUCAGAGAUAAAAAGGGCUUUCUAGAGAGAGAGAGAGAGAGAGAGAGAGAGAGAUCAAAUUUGGCCGUGCCUUACCUAAUCCAAACUACAAAAAAUGGGCUGCUCUGCUUCUCGUUCCCACACCCUCUCCACCCCACCCACCACCCAAGAACAACCCCCACAACUACCACCACCCUCCUCCUCAAAUUUAUCUUCACCUUCUCACUCCUCCUCCUGGUACUCUCUCUCUCCUACCCCAAUCCCCCGCACUCUCUCUCUCCCCACCCCUCUCGUCCACCACCCCCCUCUCCGCAAGGGCGACUCCGCCCACCUCGUCUCUCUCACCUCCACCACCUACGGUUCUCUCCUCCUCGUCGACCCUUCUUACAUCCCGAUCUCUAAUCCCAACAGCGACAAAACCCUAACCCUAGAAAAAAACCAAAACCCUAGAGAGAAAGAGAUGAUGGACCCCUCAUCUCCCGACUCCGUCAUCAACACUUGGGAGCUCAUGGAAGGCCUCGACGAAUUCGACUUCGAAUUCGUUCACAAACCCGGUUCCUCGAUCCUCCAAGAUUCUCAAUCCGUGGAUGGUGUUGUUGGGUCUGUUAAGAAUGGACCAGCGAACGCAUUUGGAUCGAUAGGUUGUUUCGAAGUGGUGGAAGAGAUUAGUAGUAACGAUUCGAAGCCGUUGUGGAAGCAUUUGUCGGAGGAGUCGUUGCUGGCGAAAAUGGAUGCCAAUGUGGUUUCGAGUUACAGGCGGGCAUUGACCACGAAGUCAUUAGGGUUCAGGGAUAGGAAGCCGGAACCGAUUAGUAAGGUCUCUUUAUCGUCUAGUCAUCAAUUGUGUUUAACGGGUACUGAAGAUAGAGUUGUAUUGUAUUAUACUAGUUUGCGCGGGAUUCGUAGGACUUACGAAGAUUGUUGCGAUGUUAGGAUGAUUUUUAGGGGGUUUAGGGUGUGUGUCGACGAAAGGGAUAUAUCGAUGGACUCGGCGUAUAGAAAGGAGUUGCAGAGUGUGUUGGGAGGGAAAGCAAUGAGUUUACCGCGAGUUUUUAUUGGAGGGAAGUAUAUUGGGGGUGUGGAUGAGAUUAAGCAACUUCAUGAGUGUGGCGAAUUGGGGAAGAUUUUGGACGGUUUUCCGGUUAGGGAUUUGGGUUAUGCUUGUGAGAGCUGUGGGGAUGUGAGGUUUAUGCCGUGCCCCAAUUGCAAUGGCAGUAGGAAGGUGUUUGAGGAAGAGGAAGGGAAAUUGAGGAGAUGCACAGACUGUAAUGAGAAUGGAUUGAUUCGAUGCCCCAGUUGCUGCUCUUGAAGAAUGCUGUGCUUGUUGACCACACUUGCACAUUCCAUGAGAAAUUUCAUGGGAAACUUGUAGUAAGUGGUGAAUCUCCUUGUUAUUUUAGGAUGUUGUUCUAAACUUAUUUGAUCUGUAUAUGAUCUAGCUCUUGGUUAUUCUUGUUCAUUGUUUCUUUGAACGAACUUGGAAAUAAGUAAUAUCGUUCGAUCGUUCCAGAUUAGUGUGGACAAUGGUGAAGCUUUCACAUGUUUGUUA